UUUAUUGUUUACAUCAAAGAGAAUAAUGAAUGCUGGUGAAUUAAAAUUCGACAAAAUGGUGGUAGAUGUGAAUUUAGCCAGGGAGUAUAUUGUACAACAGAAUUCUAUAAUAAAUGAUGUUCCACAUUAUAAAUCUCUUAAUGUGACUAAACUGCAAUGGAACAGAGAAGAAUUAAAUAAACUGCGGGAAAAGUUCCGAACACUGUCAGAAAUUAUUGAAGAAAACAAACAACUCUUUUGCCAAUUGGAGUAUUUCAUACGGAACAUACCAAUUAAAGAAGUAGAGGAGUUUGAUUUAAAAUUGUUGGUUAAUCAUUUACUUUAUGAUAAAAAUUGUGAUCUUGAUUUUCAAGUUACAGGUCCAUAUCUCUUAAUAGACGAAGACACUCCCUUAGCGAAUUUGGGUUGGAUCACACAGAUUUAUAGCAGCUACAAACCAAUAAUAGUAACAUCUUUGAAGACUAAAUAUAUAUGUUAUUUGUUUCAACAACUUUGUUCCCAAGUUGGACUGAUAGGUGUAUCAUUAGCAAUUUUCAAUGAUAAAUUGGAUAUUGACAGAGACACUAACUUACUGAAAUUCAACAAUAUAAAAGAAAUACAAAAUGGCUGCCUGGGCAUCAUUACGAACCGUUCGGAUAUUGAUUCCGCGUUGGCUGUAUUCUUGGAAACACCUACGAGAAAGCCGUGGGCGGUAUGCAACAUCUUAGUAGAGGAAUGUGCUAUUGAGAAAUUUAAAAAGGCAAUGAUUUGGAAGACUCGUAAUCAAGAGAAAGUAGACGCUGCAAUAGUAAAGCAAUGCACGGCAAGCUACAGCUACGAAGGAAAACUGUUCCUUUUUGAGUAUGUGGGAGAGAAACCGACGGACAAACACGUGAUUCUCAUCAAUGCGUACAGAACAGUGAAAGAUUUGCUUAGUAUCGCUGAAAAAUGUGUAUCUGUUUCACUCUGGGCUAAUGAUGUAGCUGAAAGCAACGAAAUAGCACAUAAGCUAAAUACAAAUAUUAUAUGGAUCAACAGUUUCGGCAAUUUCAAUGGUCCAACGGAAACGUCUCGAGCUUACUUCUCAAUUUUGAACGAACAAAUUUCUUUCAAUACAAAGUCAACGGAGGAAAUAAGGAGAGUGUUGAAAAGUGAAUGGUUACAAAUGGACGUGUGCAAACGUGUCAAGUUGUUAAGGAAGAACUUCGAUGUUAAAAUCGAUGUACCUAAUUUUGUUCAUGUUGGUAAAGAAUUUGUAUGUAUCGGUGUAACUUUGCCUGUUGGUGUUUUGUAUCUCGAUAAAGAUAUUUCUAAUGUAUUUGAAAUGAUUGCAUUAGGUAAUGGUUUAUUAGUGCAUGCAAAUGUUGCUAAGAAUAAUAACAUAUAUACUGAGCUUAAAAAUAUUGGAGCCCCAGUAGAAAUUGUUAAGGAAGUGAGUGAUGGAGGCGAUGUAAUAAUUUAUAACAAUCCAAUAUAUGAGAUGAAAGUCAUUUGGACAAGUUAUGGAACUAUAUUUGCUAACUAAUAAAUGUAAUUAUCUAAUGAUUAUUAUUGGAAUUUUGUUAAAAAUUAAUUCUUUGUAUUUUAUAUUUAGU